GGAGACGCGUGGAUGACGGGCUGAGCGGUUUCGCUCCUCUCGCUCGUCGUAGAGUGCCGCACGUGAUCGCGCUCGAUCGCGCGUGCUCUGCUUUAUCGACCUUCUCUAGUUGAAGGAUGCACGGCUGGAACUGCACGGUUCUCGAUUCCUCUAUCUCUGGCACACGUCUGAUCUCGCGAAAUGUCGCUUUCACAAGGGAGAUUCGGCGAAAUGACACCGCUCCUUUCGAGGCCGAGUGUUACACUCUCCCAAAGUUGCAACCUCAAGGGGCUUCUCCUGCGGAGGAUACCGAUUCUAGCAUGGCUACCUCUGUACAGUUGGAGCAAACUUCUGCAGGACGCUUUGGCAGGGUUGACAGUGGGUCUGACCGCGAUACCGCAGGGCAUAGCGUAUGCAAUAGUGGCUGGACUUCCGGCACAGUAUGGCCUGUACAGCAGUUUCAUGGGUUGCUUCGUUUAUCUGGUCUUUGGUGGUAGCAAGGAUGUGACAGUGGGACCUACUGCGAUAAUGGCAUUAAUGGUGCAAAAGUACGUGACCGGUCUAGGAGAGGAUUUCGCUGUGCUCAUGUGCUUCUUAUCAGGUGCCAUUAUCACGAUCAUGGGAGUGCUUCAUUUGGGGUUUCUCGUGGACUUUAUAAGUAUGCCUGUAAUUUGCGGCUUCAGUAAUGCCGCGGCGAUUAUUAUCGCUACUUCUCAAUUAAGUACUUUACUGGGCAUAAAAGGGCGUAGUGACUCCUUCGUCGACGCCAUUUCAAAGGUUAUUAAUCAUAUAAAUGAAACUCAACCUUGGGACCCAGUAUUAGGAGUGUGCUCGAUGAUAGUGUUAGUUCUCCUCAAGAAUCUGCCCGGCAAGAAGCUGGGAACUCCUUUUGAAAAAUUCAUGUGGCUAAUCUCCUUGGGCAGAAACGCCAUAGUCGUGAUGGUCGGAAUUCUCCUAGCCUACAUAUUAUUUUCUCACGGAAUCCAACCUUUUCAAAUUACGGGUAACAUAACCAAAGGCUUGCCGCCGUUUUCUUUACCGCCGUUUACCAUCGUAAACGGAAACCAUACGUAUACCUUCGCAGAGGCGGUCAACGAAAUCGGCAUCAGCAUCCUCUCGAUACCACUCAUCGCCAUCUUGGAGAGCAUUGCCAUCGCCAAGGCAUUUGCGAAAGGAAAGACUCUUGAUGCCAAUCAAGAGAUGCUGGCACUCGGCCUUUGCAACAUAUGCGGCAGCUUCGUAAGAUCGAUGCCCGUAACCGGAAGUUUCACUCGUACCGCCGUUAACAAUGCAUCUGGUGUAAAAACGCCGAUGGGUGGUGUUAUCACCGGCGGUUUGGUGCUUUUGGCAUGCGGCCUGUUAACGUCUACUUUCGAAUAUAUCCCUAAAGCUACGUUAGCGGCUGUCAUCAUAAUCGCGAUGUUCUAUAUGUUCGAAGCACGCAUUUUCAUUGUUCUCUGGAGAACAAAGAAAAUCGAUCUAGUGCCGUUGAUAGUGACGUUAUUAUGUUGCUUGGCGUUCGGUUUGGAGUACGGUAUGAUCGCCGGGAUUGCGGUAAAUUUAAUUCUCUUACUCUAUUUCGCGGCCCGGCCCGGGUUAUUGAUCGAAGAGCGGAUCGUUGAUGGCUUGACCGUGCUUUUCGUAUCGCCCAAGCAAUCCCUGAGCUUCCCAGCAGCGGAGUACCUCCGAGAGCGAGUAAUGUCGUGGUGUGACAAGAGACCGACAAGCUUACCGGUGGUAAUGGAGGGUCGUCACGUGCUCAGGAUUGAUGCUACAGUCGCGAAAAACCUGGCAUUGCUCCUGUCAGAUCUCGCCGCGCGGGAUCAGAAGAUCAUUUUUUGGAAUUGGUGCGAGAACGCCAGACGGACUUUGAUAAGUUACGAUCCGUCACUCACGACUUACUGUAGAUCGUCCGGCAGCAUAGAGCAGAUAUUUUCAGAGGAGACUUAUUUUAUUAAUUGAGCCGAUAUGACUACUGCCAUAACAGACAUGUGUUCACUAUAUUCCUUAAGAUUGUUUUUACUCAAAUUUUCUAAGUGCAACGUUAAUAUGUAUGUGAUAAUAAUAUUAAACACAAAUUUCGAAACUAA